AGCACGUAGGCAGUGGGCGCUUAAAAGAUGUCACUUUGAAGUUAAAUUUACCGAUCCCGCCAUCCAAAGUGAAUCGAUAGUUGUUUUUUGUUGCCUGAUGAGUUGUUUGAAUCUAUCAAACUUCGUUAAAAUCGUCCAAAAAAAGUGUAGCAAACGGUGCAUCAUGUCCGUAACAGUGUGCCAGCAGUUGUGUGAUGAUUUUCAUAAAAAAGUACUGUUUGUGGCCGUUGUGCAGACGCUAGUGUUUCAUCUGCUCGUGCAGCAGACAGCAGCAGACGUGUUUGAGCAAGAGUUCCGGGCACAAAGAUCGCUUGCCAGUAGGCAGAUUGCAAAUCGACGGGAUACACGGUUUCUGCCAAUAUUUACCGUCUACCAGUGGGGUCAAGGACUGUGUUCGGCCGCUUCCGGUGAGUAUGGAUCCUGCCAGCCCAACAACGAGUGCGUGCUGCGUGGUGGCAUUCCAGCAGGACCCUGUGCCGGUGGAUACGGGACGUGCUGUAUCUUUAUGGCAUCGUGUGGUGGUGUUGUGCGCGAAAAUGGUACCUACUUCGUCAAUCCGAACCAUCCAGACAGUACGGAUGGGACGGGUAGCUGUCAGUUGACAAUCUUAAAGAUGCAUCCGGACAUUUGUCAGAUACGGCUGGACUUUGACCAUUUCUCGCUGAAUGGGCCCGAGAUCGUGAAUCACAUCUGUAACACGGACCAAUUUCUUGUGUCGGGCGGAAGUCCAGCUCCGACGAUCUGUGGCAGUGCAACGGGAGAACACAUGUACAUAGAUGCCGGAAUGGGCCAGAGCAAUCCCAUCAUACUGACCGUCAUCACCAGCGGCCCUAGCUUCCCCCGCUCCUGGCGCGUUCGGAUAUCGCAGAUCCCGUGCGGUGCCAUCGCAAAGGCUGACCAAGGCUGUCUGCAGUACCACACGGGCGUAUCGGGCCGGGUCAAGAGCUUCAACUUCGAUCCAAUCAACGGACGGCAGCUGUCGAACCAGGACUACAGCAUAUGCAUCCGGACGGAGCGCAACUUCUGCAGCAUCCAGUACACGGCGUGCCCGGGCGCGGUCCCGGGCAAUCGGUCGCGCACCUUCACCCUGUCGGGCAACAGCAACAGCGUCGUGCAGGCGAUGGUAGGCGGCGGCACGCAAGGAUCGCCCAACUCGUGCACGAACGAUUGGCUGAUGGUGCCGUGCGCCAAGAUUGCCGACCGUUUGCCGAUGGCCAGCACGUGCGAGGACAAGAUUUGCGGUGGCACUUUCAAUGCGGAAGUCAGCUCAGUCGAGCGAACGGUCGUCUCGACGAUACGCCCGUUCCGGCUUGCCUUCCACGCGGACUCGAUCGAGGCACCGACCGACGUGGAUAAUCGUGGCUUCUGUCUCGACUACGUGCAGCAACCGUGCACCAGCAAUAAGUAGUGGGAAAAGGCUCAGACAGAAAGGAAAAAACACAUCAUUACAGGUGCAAUUUCCUCCGUUCGGAUAAGGGUUCGUGCAAAUAAAUUGUACGCCGAACACUCGGUCAGUUUUUGUACCAUUUUCUGUAAAACGAAAUGUUUCUUACGAAUCUGUUUAUUUGAAUCUUUUGAUCAGUUUGUCACAAUCAGUAGGUUGUUGAUGUUAUUGUUGUUGUACGUGUUUUGUUUGAUGAUGGCGUGGUGUGAUUGGCGCUAUGGAUAGGCGCGUGUACUGCGAGACCACCGGUGCUGGGGUCUCUGUGUCUAAUGAUUUUCGUAGUUGCGCUUGGCAGAACACACACUUGUUUGUUUCAGUUGCUUUUAGUUGCUCGAUUUAUAGACUUUCCAAUGAGAUGUUUUGGUUUGCUUUUUUGUUUCAAAACCAAUGACCAUCUUCAUAAACUAACGACGCUAACACUUGUAACAAUGCCCCUUAUCGCUGCUCCAUCCAACCCAACACCGUUAAUAUACUUGUUGCAUUCAAUCCUCUCCGUAAUAUGUUACGUUGACGUUUCUAUAUGCAAUAAUAUACUUUGAUUUGAUCUUUGUUUUUUUUUA